AUGCCAAAGGCGUCACACAAAAAGCGUAAUGGCGCCUCUAAGGCUGGCCCUUAUGCCCAAGCUGCAGCCAAAACAAGCGCUGCGAACAGCAUAUUUCGUAUGAAUACUGAUAUCGGUCAGCACGUUCUAAAGAAUCCAGGUGUUGCCCAGGCCAUAGUCGACAAAGCCGACUUAAAGCAGAGUGACGUCGUCCUGGAAGUCGGUCCUGGAUCCGGAAAUCUUACGGUUAAGAUCUUAGAAAAAGCUAAGAAGGUUAUCGCAGUGGAGUUGGACCCUAGAAUGGCGGCAGAGGUUACGAAGCGAGUCCAAGGAAAACCAGAGCAGAAACGAUUGGAGGUUUUACUUGGAGAUGUGAUAAAGACCGAUCUACCAUAUUUUGACGUUUGCAUUAGCAACACUCCGUAUCAGAUAUCUUCUCCCCUCACCUUUAAGCUCCUUGCAACCACGCCCGCGCCUCGGGUCUGCAUUCUCAUGUUUCAGCGAGAAUUCGCAAUGCGCCUAUUCGCGAAACCUGGGGAUAAGCUUUACAGUCGAUUGUCCGUCAACGCCCAGAUGUGGGCUAAAAUCGACCAUAUCAUGAAAGUUGGGAAGAAUAACUUCAAGCCCCCCCCGGCUGUUGAGUCAAGCGUUGUUCGAAUUGUUCCGAAAACUCCACGACCGGAUAUUAGCUACGACGAAUGGGAUGGCUUGCUGCGAAUCGCGUUUGUAAGGAAGAAUAAGACACUUCGAUCAAGCUUUCUUGGUACAUCAAGCGUUUUGAGUAUGCUAGAAAGCAAUUACACAACUUGGUGUGCGCAGAAUGACAUUCCUGUCGAGGUCGGACCGGACGAUGACGUCGAAGACGAAGGUAUGGACAUAGAGUAUGGUCAAGAGAAUGAUGGCUUUGACGAGCUUAUGGAUGUCGAUGAUGAAGGCGACAUUCCAGACUUCUUCAAAGAUAAGCCAGAUCCAACGACACAAGUCCCCAAAACAAAACCGACCAAGAAACACGGGAAAGUAGCGAAACUGGUUCGCAAAAAGGUUCGACAAGUACUCGAAGACGAUACAGGGCUUGCAGAUAAGCGAGCAAGAAUGUGUGAUGAAGGUGAUUUUCUAAAACUUCUAUGGUCAUUCAACCAGAGGGGUAUCCAUUUCAACUGAGUGCGUCUGUGGUCAAUGAAAGGCAAUGACACGACGGCUUUUAUUCGUGGUCUUGCCUUUCAUUUCUAUUAUCCCGUACUCGCGGUGCUCGCCGUUCCCGAUCGAAGGUGUGCACUAGAAUUCUGGAACAGGCUCUGCCAGAUGAACGCUUCGCUCAAGAGCAGCUCAAUGUCCUUUUCGGUCCAAUCGCGUGUCGGCAACGCCUGCAAGAACAUCAUAAUUUCCUAAAAUAACGAUUAGCCAAUUAUUCUUAUGAUUGGAUCGCAUAGCAAACCUGGAAGUCCAUUUUGAGCAACUGGUCAGACCACUUUACUAAAAACGCUGCGCAAACAUAAAGGUGGAAACGAGAGAAACCUUGCUCCUCGGCCUGAAUGGAAUUAGCUAAAUCAAGCAAAUACCUGAGGGAUAUCAUACCAUAUAUGUAUCCCACAUUCUAAUGGUGUUUUUGAUGCUGAUUUCCCUCAUCAGUAAGCAAUUCAUCCACCGAAAGCUGAAUUGCAUAAACUCAAUGCCCUCUUUCUCCAGGUGCUUUGCAAGU